CAAAGUCAAGAUCUGUAAUUUAUUGAUUACAUGUGAUUGAAUUGAUUUUUUGUUACACCAUGAAUUUUAUUGGGAAGAUUUUUUGUGUAGUGCUUUUGGCGUGUUUUUCAUUACUACAUUUAACAGUGGCUUUUUUGGCAGAUAGAAUUGUCGGAGGUAAACCAGCUGGUAAAUAUUCUGCACCUUAUCAAGUUUCUUUUCGGGAUGAAAACAAUUCACAUUUUUGUGGAGGAGCUAUCUUAAAUGAAAAAUGGGUUAUUAGUGCGGCACAUUGCUUCCAAAACAUUUCUGCUUUUACUAUUGUGGUUGGAACUAACAAAUUAAACGAAGGCGGAUAUGUCUACGAAGUUGAUCAAGUUGCAGAGCAGGAUUUUGACCCUAAAACCAUGGAGCACGAUUUAGCUCUUAUAAAAAUCAAGGAUGAAUUCAAAUUUAAUGAUAAGUUUUUAUUGCACCCUGUCAAAGCUAUCGGACUUCUCGAAACUGAAGUUCAGGAUGAUGAAAUUGCAAAGGUGACAGGAUGGGGUCUCAAGAAAGUUAAUGAUGAGGAUUCGCCGAACGAUUUGCAAGUGUUGAAAUCCGUUACGAUUAGCAACUUAGAUUGCGAAAUGAGCUGGCUAUAUUUCAAUAAAAUAUUCAAAACUCAAAUAUGCACCCAAACAUUAGGCGGAACUGGUACCUGUAUGGGUGAUUCUGGAGGGCCUCUUGUAAUUAAUAACAAAUUAGCAGGUGUAGUUUCCUUCGGAUUUCCUUGUGCCGUAGGCUUACCGGAUGUUUUUACUGGUGUUUUUUCCUACUUAGAAUGGAUUAAGCAAAUUAUAAAUAAAGUUUAAUAGAAAAGGUACCUUAUCAACAUUUAAUUUUUGUCUUUGAUGUUUACAUAAAAUUAAGGUACUUAUGAAAUUAAUACAUUG